UUUUUUUUUGCCUUCCAUCUUUUUAAAACAAGAAGAUGGAGCAUCACACAGGAAACCUUCAUCCCUGUCCUGGGUCCAUGUGUCACAUCUGAACUUUGUUGUCCUCAUUCUCUGAACACCACCUCAGACCAGCUCCUUGAUGCACACUCACGGCAUCAUGGCCAGCACUCAGGAGCGCCUGAGCUUGUCUUCCCCUCCAAACUCGGUCAGCAAAGCUCUCUGUGAAGACAAAGACUUUAGUAGGUUACAGGAGGAGCCUGCACCUACAGGAACCCACCCAUCCCCUGAGCUCCUGGAGGAUGUCCAUGAGAAGGGCUCUCUGCAGGCAGACCUUGUGGAGAACAUGAGCAGCCCGGUGACUGCGGCCGUGCUGACCAGCAUCAGCGAGGACUCCAGGGACCAGUUUGAGAACAGUGUGCUGCAGCUGAGGGAGCAGGACGAGCCCGAGACACCCAUUCCUCAGGGCAACAGGAACACAGUGGAUGGAGAGAACAACGGUGGGGCAGAGGAGGUGAAAGUCCAGUUCAACAGGUCGGGCAGCGGGAGCGGCGGGUUCCUCGAGGGGCUUUUCGGUUGCCUGAGACCCGUGUGGAACAUCAUAGGCAAAGCCUACUCCACGGACUACAAGCUGCAACAGCAAGACACGUGGGAGGUGCCGUUCGAGGAGAUCUCGGAGCUGCAGUGGCUGGGCAGUGGGGCGCAGGGAGCCGUCUUCCUGGGCAAGUUCCGGGCCGAGGAGGUGGCCAUCAAGAAGGUCAGAGACCAGAAUGAAACGGAUAUCAAGCACCUGAGGAAGCUCAAACACCCCAACAUCAUCGCGUUCAAGGGAGUCUGCACUCAAGCCCCGUGCUACUGCAUCAUCAUGGAGUACUGUGCUCAUGGGCAGCUCUACGAGGUCCUGCGCGCAGGGCGCAAGGUCACCCCGCGCCUGCUCGUGGACUGGUCCACAGGGAUUGCCAGUGGGAUGAACUACCUGCACCUCCACAAGAUCAUCCAUCGGGACCUCAAGUCACCAAAUGUUUUAGUUACACACACAGAUGCAGUAAAGAUUUCAGAUUUUGGUACAUCUAAGGAACUCAGUGAUAAAAGCACCAAGAUGUCUUUUGCUGGGACUGUGGCUUGGAUGGCCCCAGAGGUGAUACGCAACGAGCCCGUCUCUGAGAAGGUGGAUAUCUGGUCAUUUGGGGUGGUUUUGUGGGAGCUGCUCACAGGGGAGAUCCCCUACAAGGAUGUGGACUCCUCAGCCAUCAUCUGGGGAGUGGGCAGUAACAGCCUGCACCUUCCUGUCCCUUCCACCUGCCCAGAUGGCUUCAAAAUCCUCAUGAAGCAGACCUGGCAGAGCAAGCCCCGCAAUCGUCCCUCCUUCCGGCAGACGCUGAUGCACCUGGACAUCGCGUCUGCAGACGUGCUGGCUACUCCUCAGGAAACCUAUUUCAAGUCACAGGCUGAAUGGAGAGAAGAAGUGAAGAAGCAUUUUGAGAAAAUUAAAAGUGAAGGCACUUGUAUCCAUCGGCUGGAUGAGGAAUUGAUUCGCCGGCGAAGAGAAGAGCUCAGACACGCCCUGGAUAUCCGUGAGCACUACGAGAGGAAGCUGGAGAGAGCCAAUAACUUGUACAUGGAGCUCAGUGCCAUCAUGCUGCAGCUGGAGGUCCGGGAGAAGGAGCUCAUCAAGAGGGAACAAGCAGUGGAAAAGAAAUACCCUGGGACUUACAAACGCCACCCAGUCAGACCAAUUAUCCACCCCAACACGGUGGAGAAGCUGAUGAAGAGGAAGGGGGUGUCCCAUAAACCAGGCAGCCAGACCAAACGGCCAGAUCUGCUGAAGUCAGAGGGCAUACCCAGCACGGAAGCAGCAUCCAAUGGCUCCCCAGUCUCAGGAAGCCCCAAAAUGUCCACGCUGAGCAGCAAGAGCCGCUACCGCAGCAAGCCCCGCCACCGCCGCGGGAACAGCAAGGGCAGCUACAACGACUUCGCCGGCAUCUUGAAAAACCAGCCGGGGCAAGACGAUGCAACCCCCCCUGCCCCACCACCACCUCCCCCUCCUCCUCAUUCCCAGCACCCCAGCCCCCGGCUGCAGGCCCACGGGCAGGACAUGGCCACCUGCGCCAACAACCUGCGGUACUUCGGCCCCGCAGCCGCGCUGCGCAGCCCCCUCAGCCAGCACGCCCAGCGCCGCGUCUCGGGCUCCAGCCCCGACCUCAUCUCCACGGCCAUGGAAGCAGACUGCAGGAGGCAUCUGGAGAGCCCAGAAGGCAAGGCUGGUGGCUGGGAGUGUUGCAAAGCGGAUCCCUACCGCUCCUGCCUCCCGUGCCGGGAAGAGGAGAGUGGUCGGGGGCGGCCGCCGCCUGCGGAGACGGGGCUGAGCCAUUCCCAGUCCCCAACACCUGCCUCCCUGUAUGAAAACGCCCAGUUCGUGGAGAAGCUGGAGGAAGAAGGCUUCAGCAGCUGUCAGUCAGCCCCUGCCCUGGGCACUCCCCAGCACGUGGCUUCCUCAGUGCUUCCUUGCAAAGGAAGGCCCCUUCAAAAGAGCGGUGAUGACUCUUCGGAAGAGGAAGAGGGUGAAGUAGACAGUGAAGUGGAGUUUCCUCGUAGACAAAGACCCCACCGCUGCAUCAGCAGCUGCCAGUCCUACUCCACCUUCAGCUCCGAGAACUUCUCCGUGUCCGACGGGGAGGAGGGGAACACGAGCGAUCAUUCCAACAGCCCGGAUGAGCUGGCCACCAAGCUGGAGGACGAGCUGGUGGAGAAGCUAGAGGACAUGUUGUCCCAGACUCCAGAGAUCCCCAUAGAAAUCUCCACCCAGUCUGAUGGGCUUUCAGACAAGGAGUGUGCUGUGAGGAGGGUGAAGACUCAGAUGUCUCUGGGCAAACUGUGUGCGGACGAGCACAGCUGUGAGAACCCAGCACAGUUUGGAGAAUCGGACUGUGACUCUUCUGAAGGGGAGUGUUCUGAUGCCACAGUCAGGACCAAUAAGCCCUGCAGCUCUGCUACUUGGUAAUACAGAUCUCCCCCAAAGCUUCCCGAUACUGGCAUUUUGAUUUCCCCGAGAUUCCACUUCAUUCCCCUUCAUCACACUUUAUAGGAAGAGAAGAUGCUUCUCCUUCCCACCCCAGGAGUGAUUUGCAAUAACCUGAACCUCUGGAAAAUGUCCAAAUGAAAUUAAUUCUCUUUGAGCAUUUCAAUCAAGAAUGGCAGGGAUGUAUUUUAUUGAAUAAUCUAGUUACUGUAACAUGGAUAUUUAUUUUUUUGACAUUUUAACACUUUUUACUGUAAAGAGUGGAUUGUAUUUAUAGACACACAGACUUGUUGCAAAAAAAA